AUGGUUGUAGAAUAUCUUAAUUCGGCAGAUGCACAGCGUCUGAUUGAAUUUCUUGGUGAUGACAAACUCACUUUUUCUACGCUUGAAAAGUCCUUUAAAGAAGCCUUUUCUAAGGACACUUUUCUAAAUGUAUCUAGAGCCAUUCAGCAACUGGUUCAAAACAUGAUUACAUCAGGAGAAGGGGUGGGUAUAGUGUCCUCCUUAUUUAUUUUGAACAUUAUGCGCAAGAUGGAAUGUGAAACGGCCAAGUGUGUGUUUUAUGAUGCACUUCUGGAAUUAGAACGAGCUAUGCGGCAAGAUGUUUGUUUUACAGAGCAAAUUAAGUACGCAUCUAAAGAAGCAAAGGAGGGGAAAAAAUCUCUUGAGGCUACCAACGCGGAAAAAUAUCGCCUUCAUUGUGCAGCAAAGGAGUUUGCUUUUCGUUUACUCGCAAACAAGGUGUCACCUGACGAGACAUCGCUUGCUGUACUUCAUGAUAAACAGGAACAAAUUGAUGCAGCAUUGAACGCAUGGGAAAGUAACGGCCUUCAAUUGAAAGAAGCUAUUGCUAAUAUUGCCCACUGUUGGGCUCAAGACGUUGAAAAAAAUUCUUGUGAAACACUAUCAAAAAUGUCUGCCGUUCUUGGUUCUGGCGUCCAUGCAGCUUUGUUGCUGCAAGCAGCACGACCUCAGUUUCCUUCGCUUCCUUUGGUAUCCGGUGAACUUCAGUUUCUAAUCCCUGGGGGAUCCCCUGGGAGUGACUUGUUGUAUUUCGACGCCGAACCAGUUACAGAAGAGUGGAAGAUAUCCAAAAAAUUGAUUACUCUGAGCUGUGACACUCCAUUAAGCAAGGAGGAACAACAGCAGCUCAUUCAUACACUCUCAUCAGGUGAUGUGUUUAAUCGGCUUGGAAUAAACAUUGAAUUGCUCGGUCGCAUCGCCAUUCACAAUCCAGAUGUGAGUGCUGCUUUAAUGUUGAGACUUCCUCCCCAGGAGGGUAGUCAAUGUAUUCGACAUAUACUAAAAAGCUCUGUUUCUCCUGAGCAUGUCGAAACAGUUCUUCUGCACGCAUCAAAGGUAUUGCAACAAGACAAUCUUCGCACCUACAUUACCGGAAAACUCCAUUUUUUUAAGGAGAAAACAUCUUUAUCAUCUAGUGAUAAAGAUUCAAUAAAAAGCUUCAUUAUGACUCUUCAUCAGCUUGUAACUAAGGCUUCAAAAGAUAACAAAGAUAUGUAUAUUGCGGAAGCCUUGAAGAGUGACAUUACUCACUUGUGUGAGAAGUGUGACCUACCAGAAGUAAGUGCAAGGUGGGAAGAACUAAAGUAA